AUGGCGCUGGCAUCGAGCUCGCCUCGACUGCCGAGUCCGCCGCCGCCGGCAGAGAUUCAGCUCGGCCCCAAGUCUCCCUCGGGCGGCGUCACCGUCAGCCCACACGAUACCCAGAUGGAGCAGACGCUGCUCGACGCCAACUCGAGGAGGCGCGUCCAUCCCGGAACAAGGGCGGCUGACAUGGCCGCCGGGCCGCCGCUCAUCCCCUUGAACGAGCUUGACUCCGCCUUCCAGCUCCAAGAGCACCUCGCCGCCCUGCACUACCACCACACAGCUUCCUCGACGCAGGCCCUCACGCGUACGACGGCUCUGCAUCUCGCUCAACCCCCGCCCGGCAUCGACCGCACCCUCUGGCUCUACGAACUGUGCCGCUUCCUCAUCUCCCAGUGCAACUCCCUCAUUGUCGGCUUCCUCUUCGACUCCCCUCCAUGCAGCGCAGGCACGUGCCCCGAGAUGCGAGCCUCGGAGUGGCAGUUUCUCUGCGCUGUCCACGAGCAGCCCAAGAGUUGCUGCGCCAUCGACUACUGCUGUCACACCCUCGACUGGGCCGCCAAUGUCGUGUCCGACCAAAAGAUCUUCCCGAGCAGAUUCGUCGUCUUGAGUGACACGCACAACAAGAACUUGGGCAUUAAAAACUUGGUCAAUGUCUUUCGGAGACUGCACCGAAUAUUCGCCCAUGCCUGGUUCCAGCAUCGCAGCGUGUUCUGGACUGUCGAGGGGCAGACGGGCCUCUACGUUUUCUUCAAGACAGUGUGCGACUUGUACGACCUGCUGCCUGCAGAGAACUAUAAGCUUCCACCAGAGGCCGAGGGUCUCGACGACGCGGUCUCCGAACCAGAGGCCGAAAAGCCGCCUCCGACCAUCUUGAAGCCGACAAUGCAGCAGCGCGGAGGAUUCGGCGACGACGACGGCUUGCACUCGGUUGGCCGCACCAAUACUCGGAGACAUAUUAGGAGCAGUCCCUCUACAGGAAGUGCUGUGACGACGGUGAUGGAGACUGACGAGGAGGAUGCGGAUACUGCCUCGGGCAAGUUGUUGAAUGUGCACGCGUCCGACCCGCCGCAGCCGCCCGCAGAAGAGCAUGAGCCCGAGGCGGCAGAGAUUCCCGUCAUUGUGGAGCAGGCCGCGCCAGUCAGGGCGCCGUCACAGACAGCGUCGGCCCCCAGGGAGGUGCAGGAAUCGACAGACCCGGCAGAGCCCGUGGACGCGGGACAAACAGACACCACGGCGCAGCCAGAGCACGAUGAACAUAAUGAUGAUGCCGCUCACCCAGAUGGCUCGGCCGACUCGUCGGCAGAAAUCGCUGGCAAAAAUGAAGCCCCAGCCCAGCCUGCUGAGGCGCCCGAGGAGGAAGCGCCACCAGAUCCCGAGCCGGCUGCCGAAGUAGCAGAGGAGCCAACGUUGGAAAAACUCGAGGAGCCUGGCACUGAUCUAACUGAAGAGACAGCGGCGAAGGCAGAGACGGCAGAGGUAUCGGCGACGGAAGAGUCAAAGGCGGACAAGUAG